AUGAGAGAACCGCUGGAGGUGGGACUCAAGCUGACAACCACUCUUCGCUUCCUAGCCACUGGUAAAUCCUGUGCAAGUCUACAGUACAGCUUCAGAGUUGAAGCUACUACAAUCGGCAAGUUCUUACCAGAGGUUUGCAAAGCCAUCCUUGAGGUUUAUAAGGACGAAGUACUCAGGUGCUCCAAAACUGAAGAGGAGUGGAAGGAGGUUGCUGAAGGUUUUAGUUUUAGAUGGAACUACCACAACUGUCUGGGGGCUGUGGACGGCAAGCAUGCUACUAUGAAGAAGCUACCCAAAGCUGAAUCAUUCUACUACAAUUAUAUUAAAGGCUUCCGCAGCAUUGUACUCAUGGCCCAUGUAGAUGCUGGAUGCAUGAAGUUCUUGUAUGUUGAUGUUGGGGCGGAGGGUGGUGCUUCAGAUGGAGGGACAUGGAAGAACUGUACUUUACACAAAGCUGUCGAAGACAACCGAGCCGGACUACCUGUAUCAGCUCCACUCCCUAAUAAUGACAAGUCUGUGCCAUAUCAUUUCGUAGCCUAUGACGCAUUUGCACUCAGAACUUGGCUGAUGAAACCAUUCUCUCAUCGCUCCCAGAUGCACCGAAAUAUCAGCUACAGCUACAGGUUGUCUCGUGCUCGUCGUGUGGUGGAGAAUGCGUUUGGAAUCUUGUCUCAAAUGUCUGUCUCUGUUUCUUGUCCGGUCUCUUCUUCCAGUCUCCUAUCCACUGCUGGUCCUGCUCUUCCUCUGGUUGUAUUCUUCUUCUUGGCAGGCAUCUUGUUGACUGUUCGCUGUCGAGUUAAGGAACGUGGGGACUGGCGAUGGGCACUUUUUAUGAGCGCGGUCGUCGCUGAUUCGUGCGCCAACAAUGCGUGA